AGGGAAGCUCGCGGUCCUCACCGAUUUGGGAGCGCACCUCGGCGCUGCGUCUGCCGCAGAUUUGGCAGGUGCACAUUGAGAUGUCGAAACAAUCGGGGGCAGAGCAGCGCUGCCCAGUUAGGAGACAAAAUUGUCUUUCCAGAUCGACAACCAACGUUCCACCCAGCGGGCUGGACGGCGCGUGAUGGGAGGCGCAGAAGCUGGCGACAGACGAUUGCUGGUCAGUAGUAGGUACGAGUUAUCACUCGUACAAGACUCUAAGCCUCCGAAGUGCAUGCCGGGAAGAGUAAAGCGUCAAUGUAUGAGGUGGCUGUACUCCGUACAAUCGGUUUCGGGAUGGGGAAUCGUUCUUCCAGUGCUGACAAAGAAUGCAGGUCAAGUCGCUUUUCCCCUCUUGCUUCAGCCUUCUGUCUCCUUGUACAGUACUUAUGCUCACGAGCAGAUUGCUGAAAUCAGAGACGUACCUCGAUGGUGGCUCGCCUUACCCCAUGGAGGUUCCAUAGUCACCGUGAAACGGAGCCUGCCACAAUACGUGGCCAACCAGUUGCUGCGCAAGAGAACACAGUCAAGAAGCAUCAGUCAAACCAACCCUGUCACUCCACCAACAAAACCAUCUGACAUACGGAAACCAUCUUUCACCAUGGGUCUCAUCAAAACAGCAAUGAUCUCGGGAGCUGCUAUAUACGGCAUCAACAAGCUCGCCAAGACAGCCGAACACCGACGUGAACACCCAAUGCCUUCCCAGAGCGAGUAUCGUGAUGCUCGUUCCCAGUCUUUCGCCGCACCUGAACAACGUGGUUCCCACUACCCUGAGCAACAGUCAUAUGGCCAAGGACAAGAGAAAGGCCAAGCUCAGGGGCUGCAGUUCGAAGACCGAGGAAUACAUCAGCAACAGUCUCAGCAACAGUCUCAGCCACUGUCUCUGGAGAACAAUCCUACCUCUGCACUUCCUUGGGGCUACAGUGACAGAGAGUAUGCAUAUGCUGCUGAAAACCGUCGAGCAUCACCCACGGGUUAUAAUGAAGCACCACCUCAUUAUCAGAACAGCUAUAUCCCUGCUAGAUCACAACGACAGUCAGGCUUUGUUCAGUCCGAGGAGCUUUCCGAUUCAGACUUGUAUAAUCAGGGCAAGUCUAGUGGGGGAGCCGCGUUGCUGAGUACCCUUGCACAACAAUUCAUGGGGAGUGAUGGCGGGAACCACAAGGGAAAAGACGUGAUGAAGAUGUUCUCUAAAUAGAUACUCGUCGGACGCGCAGGACGGGGAAAACUAUGUUGGAGUGGACAGAUUGGAGCUGGCAGCUCUUUCGAUUUCGGCUUGAGGAUGCGACCUGCUUUUGUGUGGCGUUCGGACAUUGCUUUUCUGCGAGGGCGGCGAUGGCUUUUGUUUCUGGGAUACAAUAAAUGUACUGACCUUUGGCAUGGAGGUUGCUUAGAUUUCCAAAAGACUGUAGUCAUUACCAAUCGUCGAACUUGCGCGACUUGUGACCGGUCGUGUCUCUAGCCAACUCCCCAUAUC